AAAGAGGGAGAAAGAAAGUGUGUGAUCGACGGGCUGCCUGACAGUCUCAACGUCACUGCGUGAUUUCGAGUGUUUUAAAGUCAAUUAUUUCAUGCACCGCGGUCGCGCACGCGAUAAUGACCUCGCAUCCGCGUACGUUCGUCAAUCGGUGUCACGCGCGUCCGCCGACACCGGCCGAAGAUGCGACACGGGCGUAAGAUCGCCGGCGGGCCCGACGACGACGGUGUUGCUGCGCGUCGGAACUAACCUAAACGUGUGCGGCGCGACUCGACGCGACGGUGUGCGCCCGCGGGCAGGCAUAUAUCGUGAAUAUCGCGUCAUGAAUCGCGGCGCUCGUACGCGCCGCUUCGCAGCGACGUGGAUGUGCAGCGCGCUCGUCGGCCACGCGAGCUCCGGAUCGUGCAGUUUAUAGGUUAACCUGACCGACUAACUGCCGCGCCUGUCGCGCAGCUCACGCGAUUUUCUCGCCCGCUUCCCGGCCACGUUUCGUGUGCAUAACGUGUUCGGAAAUACUGUGGGGCUGACUACGCGGGGCUCAUCACCGACGGCAUAUCAGUUUGUCAAUUUUCGUCAUGUACUUCGCGAAAAUCGAGCCGUUCUUGUCGACAGCAGCUACUGUAUAUCCUGAUUUUAGACAGCAAUACAAAAGAACAACAGUGAUUGUAUCUUGGAGGAACUUUUGAGCAGCAUAAUUGUCGUCAUGUGCUUGUGACUACAUACAGACCUUUUCACAUUCAGGAAAUAAUGCUUGGAACCGCCGCACAUCUUUGUAUAACUUGACUGUAUCAAAGAUGCAAGCCAAGAAACGCUACUUGUUGUUGUUCGUAACCUGCGCGUUUCUUGGUUACUGCUACUUCGGCGGUUACCGCUUGAAAAGCGAAAAAUGGAUAGGCAGAUCUCAGUUGCCUUACGAGCGAUUGCCUUCAUAUUUAAGUCUAAACGAAGAGUUCUACGACAAAGAUUUAAGGACAUCCAACGUCAACUCGGUCAUGCCCCAGCGUACGAGGCAUUGCCGCAUGGAGACCUGCUUCGACUUCACACGAUGCAAGCAGGGCUUCACCGUGUACGUGUAUCCAGUCGAGGAUGUGAUAAGUCCAUUAUACCAAAAAAUAUUAAACGUUAUCACCGAGUCGCGGUACUACACGUCGGACCCAGCCCGGGCAUGUAUAUUCGUCUUAGCUCUGGACACAUUAGAUAGGGAUCCCUUGUCCACCGAAUUUGUACACAACCUGCCCUCCAAACUGCUGCACCUGCCGUACUGGAAUAACGGCAGGAACCAUCUGAUAUUCAAUCUGUACUCCGGUACGUGGCCCGACUACGCGGAGGAGUCGUUGGCCUUUGACGUGGGCUACGCGAUGCUCGCCAAGGCCAGCAUGUCCAUCUUCAGACACAGGCCGGACUUCGACGUGUCGAUACCGUUGUUCGGCAAGCAACAUCCGGAACGCGGCGGCGAGUCCGGCCAAGCGUUGGAGAACAACUUUCCCAGCAACAAGAAGUACGUGGCAGCUUUCAAGGGAAAACGAUACGUGCACGGCAUCGGGUCCGAGACGAGGAACGCUCUUUAUCAUCUGCACAACGGCAAGGACUUGGUGUUCGUCACUACCUGCCGUCACGGCAAGGCGUGGAGAGAAUUGCAGGACGAACACUGUCAGCAAGAUAAUCAGGAGUACGAUACGUAUGACUACGAGAUUCUAUUGAUGAACGCUACAUUUUGCUUGGUCCCGCGAGGACGACGAUUAGGCAGCUUUCGGUUCCUAGAAGCCUUACGAGCAGGAUGUAUUCCAAUUAUCUUAAGUAACGGUUGGGCUCUUCCCUUCCACGAGCGUAUCGAUUGGACUCAGGCUGUUAUAUUUUCCGAUGAAAGACUGUUACUUCAAAUUCCAGAUAUAGUGCGGUCCGUGUCCAAUGUACAAAUUCUUAAAUUACGGCAGCAGACGCAGUUUUUGUGGGAGAGAUAUUUUUCGUCCAUCGAGAAAAUUGUAUUCACCGUGUUCGAGAAUAUUCGCGAGCGCUUGCCAUGGGAAGGCGCGCGGGAAAGGAUCGUCUGGAACACCAGUCCAGGUGCUCUGGCGAUCCUGCCGCAAUUUGCCGACAGCCAGCAGGAGCUUCCUUUUUCGAACAGUAACCCUGGUAACACUUUCACUGCCAUAAUCUAUUCGCAAUUGGGUUCCACCGCCGUUCUCUAUCGCUUGAUUAAGAGUCUCGCGAAAAGCAAAUAUUUAGAUAAGAUAAUACUUAUGUGGAACUCGGACGUUCCGGUGCCAAGAAGGCCGCGUUGGCAAGGGAUCAAAGCGUCGAUCCAUGUAGUCGCGGUUGACGGUAUAUCGCAGCGUUUUUAUCCUCAUCCUUUAAUCAAAACUAGUGCCAUAUUAUCGCUCGACGAAGAUGCCACUCUGAACACCGACGAAGUGGACUUCGCAUUCACGGUGUGGCGCUCUUUUCCCGAUCGAAUAAUAGGGUAUCCAGCGAGAUCUCAUUAUUGGGAUGACUCGAAGCGUUCCUGGGGUUACACGAGCAAAUGGACGAACGAUUACAGCAUCAUUCUCACCGGUGCCGCGUUUUAUCACCGUUAUUACAAUACUCUGUACACCGAAUUAUUGAGCUCGACCCUUCACAAGACCGUCGAGCAGUCGCAGAACUGCGAGGACAUACUCAUGAACUUCCUGGUGAGUCACGUUACCCGGAGGCCGCCUAUCAAAGUGACGCAGCGGAAGCUGUACAAAGACACCGCGGUAGCUGGCAUCAGAUCACCGUGGAACGAUCCGGAUCACUUCAUACAACGGCAAACGUGCAUGAAUACGUUCGUCGCGGUGUUCGGGUACAUGCCGCUGUUGCGAUCCAACAUGCGGCUGGACCCUGUAUUGUUCAAAGACUCUGUCAGCAAUCUGCGCAAGAAGUAUAGGCAAAUUGAACUAGUUAGCAACUAGAAUUGUACACACACACACACACACACACACAUACGGCGCUCGGUUACACGCGCGACUAUUUAAUUUCUCGUGCGCGCGUGUCCGACGCUAUCGUGCGAUGGAUGUUGGGUCUGUUUUCUUUCAGCUGCGCUCUGUGCUACGUAUCGUGUACACAUAUUUUUUUGUCGUACACAGUUUCACAGAAGCUGGGGGAGGUUGGGUUGUAGGAAAGAAGAGGGAAGAGAAUUGCGAAGGAGUACAGUGAGUAUACAUAGUGCGAAAGAAGAAAGAAACAGAAAAGGGAAAGGGCAGACCUGCUAUCAUCGUGUAAACCAUCGCAAACGCGCGAGAAUGCGCAUGUAUAGUAGCGGUUACAUUUGCGCGUUUGCUGCGAGCUACUCUACCGCCAUACUAGGUUUAUCUCGUUGUCAUCGGGCAGUCAAAUCAAAGUCCGUUUAUUCGGCAAGGACCGCAUGGUGAUAAUUCUGCGAUUUAUUUGCAAGUGAUUUUGUACAAAUUGUAGAGAGAGUAGCGACGAUACGCCGUUUCUAUUCGACUACCGACCUCUCGCGCAGCCGAGAGGUGUCCCGCGAUUCAAUCGAUGUACAUAUACACAGAUCGUUUCAUAGUAUUAAUAAAAAAGAAAUUAUUUAACAGAUAUUUGGACUUUUCAGGCCGGCUACAAUUGGAGCAAUUCGAUGACAAAAAAGAAAAGAAAAAAAAAAAAAGAAAAGGAAGAGAGUUUUACGAACUUUGGCGACGAUCGCGUGCGCGCGUAACUUCUCCCGCGCUCUCGCACACUGAUUAUCGCGCAGCUAAUGUAUCUAAGAUAAUGGAAGAAAAGAAAAAAAAAUGCAAAGAGAUAUCGUUUGUAUGUAUAAUGAUAUUUUUAAUCAUAGAGAUUUGCAAAAUGUUUUUCUAUCCAAAUAAAUGUAUUCAUGUAUAACCCUUUUAGACUCGAGAAGAGAGAGAGAAAGAGAAGGAAUGUGGGAGAGAUCGUUAAGAGUUCAGAAUAUAGAUUUCGCCGAACGUUCUCGGCAAUGACGACGGAAAGAAGUCGAUAUUCCGUGGAGGAGAGAGACGUGUGAGCGAGAUUCGUUUGUAUUUAAAGCAAUUGCGUAAAGAACGUUGAGCUUUAAUGCGAUCGUUGAUGUCGAAUCCUUUCGAUAACGUAUGAUUAUUCGCGUUGUUAACUUUUCGUUUUAUCAACAGCGAGAAAGAGAAGGAGAGCGAGAAAGAGAGGAUGAGGUAAAAGGGAAAAAAGAAAGAGUUCUUAUACCAUGAACUCACGAUCGAGCAUCGAUUUUUUAUCUGACGGUAUAAAUAUUCUGUCGAUUUGUUCAACUAUGCAUACAUAUCGUCGCAUACGUUGCGUCGUUUACUUCGCGAUCGCCUUUUUGCGUGUCUCACCGACUCGCGAGUGCAUCUUUUUCGAAUUUACACCGUACAGCACCUUUCAUUCGAGUACUGCCGAGUUCUCAGGAAUGUUUCAAAAGAAAGACGAAAAAAAGAACAAAUUUUUCCUAUCCCACAUCUGCAAAAGCAACAAUGUCGCAACAAUGUCUAGUCGUUUAUACCGAUAAACGUGCGCUGUUAUACACGACGGAGGGAGAAGCGUAAUGUGUAAUAAUUUCUUGGUUAAGGAGAACCGUAAAGUAAGGACACGUCGUCUAUGUUCGUCUGCGCGUUCUAAAGACGGAAGCUAUCUGUAUGUGAUAUGUUUUCGAUUAUUGUGUGUUUUAUAUAAUAAUAAUUUUUAUAAUAACUCAGA